AUGCCGAAGAAGGGCAAGAAGGCCGCCAACGCUGUGGCGGAGGUUUCCUCCAAGACCGACGCGUUGCGCACCACGGCGGAGAGUCUCAUGAAGCAGCUGGAGGGCCAGGUGGAGAACCUCACGAAGAUGGCCGAGGAGCACCUGGACAAGGGCAUGCUGGGGCACCACGCGGAGGCCCUCAAGAUGCGGGACAGCGCCGCGGCGACUUUGCAGGACUUCCGGAAGAGGUGGGGCCUGGCAGGCGAGCCCGAGAGCGAGCCCUCAACCUUCGCCUCAGCUGGUGAGAUCGAGCCCAAGAAGCCGGAGAAUGGUAGCCGGGGCGCCGAUCGGCUGGACGCCAAAGAUCUGCCGCAGUACCGCUGGGUGAGCGACUGCGUCCACCAAUUAGAGAUCGAAGAUCCAGCAGCAGCGGAUGAGACUCCGGAGGUUGACAUCUCCGAAGCAUCCGUGCGGUGCAGCUGGGCGCGCAGCGGCUGGGUGCUCACCUUGCCGGUGGGUCAGAUGGACCAGGCCGCGUGCAAGGUGCUCCGCAGGCGGCGGCAGCGGCGCCUGGAGCUGCAGCUGCCGGCGUCUGUGGCCCCGCGGCUGGAGCUCAACCCGCAGGGCUUCGGCUGGGUGGACGCCUUCCUGGCGGGCGAAGAGGCCGAUGCCGUGCGGCAGCGCAUCCUGGAGCUGUGGCAGAGCGGGCAACUGCAGCAGGGCGAGGUGGAGGGCGGCCUCAAGGAAAGCGUCCGCUCAGAUGAAUACCUCUUCAUGGAGGACGGCGACCCGGCGGUCUCCAUGUUCACUCGCCGGCUGGACCGGCUGGUCCUCGCCAUGGCCAAGGAGGUGCCGGAGCUCAAAGAUCUGUGGCUGAUGCGGGGCAGCCCCAUGGCCGCUGUCUACGCCGGCGCGGGCUCACGGUACAGGCCCCACUUCGACUGCGUGGGUGGCGACAACGGCCGGAAAAUCACUUGCAUCCUGUACUUGAACCCCUUCUGGCAGCCCGGCCACGGCGGGGAGCUGCAGCUCUUCCCCGAGGCCAGGGGCAUCAUGGCGGAGGGGCCCGCGCAAGAGGUGGAGCCGCUCCACGGGCGGCUGGCCUGCUUCCUCUGCGACAGCAGGAACCUGCAUGCUGUGAAGCCAGUGACCGACCAUGCCAAUGUGCAGCCUCGUGACCGCGCUCUGAGCUUCUGGGAGGCUCAUCGUGCCUUGGCCUCCGCCUAUGAGACGGACCUGGCGCAGCUCCAGGAUCAGAAGGUCCAGUUGCAGAUCCCGCGGCAGGCGAGCACCAGCUUACUGGAUUUGGACGCGUGCUUGCGGCGCGACAGCUCCGCCCUCCGCGGCGGAGCCACCCCGCCCUCCGCGUCCAUGUCCAUGUCCCCCAGCGUCAUCCCGCGGACCUCCCUCCGCCUGAACUCCUUCGAGGAGUGCAGCGUCUCCCCCAGGCCCUCGCUGAUGAGCAUGAUGUUGGAUGGCUUUCUGGUGGAGGAGCAGAAGGCGCGGGCGCUGGGCUUGCAGAUCAGGCAGCGUCUGGAGCCGCGAGCUGGCGCGGAGUCCUCGCUGAAGCUCAUGCACGCGCUCUCUCACCAUUCAGACUCCCAGUCUGAGGAGAUGGAGGAUUGCCUGGAGCCACGGAUUUGCUGGCAGCAGGACGUCAGCUUCCCUCCGCGCAAACUUUCGGCGACGGCCACUGCUAGUAUCGCGGUGCCAGAGAAGUCUCAGAGAGUCUGGAUGUUGUCCCCGGCGUCGCGCGCCCGGGUCCGCUGGGAUCUGCUGGCGGUGCUGAUGGUCCUGGUGGAGCUCUUGGUCUUUCCGGCGCAGGUCUUCUCAGACACAUGGCCCCAGCAGGUGUGGCCGGAAUUUGCGCUGCUGUCGCUGACGUUUUGGAGCUGCGACAUCUCCUUGAACUUCCUCACGGGCUUCCACUCGGGGGGGGAGCUGGUGCUGAAUGCCUCGGACAUCGCCAAGAAAUACCUCAGGGGAUGGUUCUUCUUCGAUCUGCUCUUCGUGGCGUCGGACCUGGCGGCGCUCUGUGCGGGGCUGGGCUCGGCGCCGCGAGAGCUCUGGGUGGCGCUGCGCUCCGCGCAGCUGGUGCUGCGCUUGGGGCGGCUCAUGCAGCUGGGGAAGAUGACGGAGUGCCUGAAGCGCCGCCUGGUGAACGACGUCUCCAUCGCCAAGCUGGACAUCGGACUGAUUGUGAUGCAGAUCUUCACGACGCAGCACUUGGUGGCAUGUGCCUGGUACGACCUGGGCAUCAUGAACGAGCGGGGUUGGGUCGCCCACUGGCAGCUGCAGGGAAGGUCGAAAGAAUUUCAGUACCUCACAGCGCUCCAUUGGACGUACUGCCAGCUGGGCUUCGGGGGCACGGAGAUCGAGCCCUCCACCGCCGCGGAGAGGAUCUUCGGACUUCUCGUGGCCUUCAUGGCGCUGGGGAUCUUCUCCACGCUGCUGGGCAGCGUCACGGGCUUGUCCGGGCUGUUGAACAAGUCCAGCGAGGAGAAGCGCUUCCUCUUCGUCACCUUGCGCCGGUUCCUGGAGCACAACCGCAUCCACGAGGAUCUGAAGGAGCGCAUCACCUGCUUCCUGGAGCACGCGUACUCGUUGAACAAGAAAAACAUGACGGAGGACCAGGUGCAGCUCUUGGAACUGCUGUCGGUGCCUUUGCAUCGGGAGCUGCAGAGGGCCAGGUACGACUUCAGCCUUAAGGAGCUGGGCCUUCUGCGGAACUCGCUGGGCAGGGAGGCGCGGCUGCAGCUGAUCCAACGCCUGGCCUCGCGCGCGGUGACGCAGCAGAAGUUCCCGGCCAGCGAUUUGGUCUGGGAGCCCGGGGCCGUGGCCAGCGAGGCGGUGUUCCUGAUGAGCGGGAGCCUGAAAUACAGCCUGGGCGUGGACUGGAGCAUCACCAGCCAGCGCUGGCUGGCGGAGAUGUGCCUGUGGACUCCCUGGAGCUAUGUGGGGGAGAUGGCAACCCAGGCCACCACGAAUUUGGUGAAGCUCAACGCGCGUCAGUUCUUCGAGGCCCUGCGGGAUCUCCACGAGCUCCGCGGCGCCCAGAGCUACGCCCAGGAGUACGUCUCGGCCAUGAACAACUUUGCUGCGGUCACAGAUUUGUGGGAGGGCCCUAUGGACAUCGUAGAUCCCACGAUGAGCGGGUCACUGCGGGGGCAGCAGCUGCUGCGGGAGAAGGCGCGCGGCAUGUUCCAGUGGCUGCAGCCACUGCGUUGGAGCAAGGUAGUGCCCACUACUCCUUAG